AAGUGCUCAUCCAAUUUGAUUUUGAAAUCAUUGAUCGCCUCCACUUCCACCACCCUCGUAGGCAACGAGUUCCAGGUCAUCACCACUCACUGCCAAAAUAAAGUUCUCCCUCACACCCCAUUGUACCUCUAAUCAUGUAAUAGACUACUUUAUAUUACACACAUUUUUAGUGCAGGACUAUUGGGUGCAUAUUAGGUAUGUCAAAGUGAGAAUGGAGAGCACACAAUGUUCUACAAAAACUAAAAUUGUCUGUUCUGAGUUUCUAUCCUGUUGCAGGUUAUCAGAAGAGAAGGAUUUGCAGACAGAAAUCUCAAAACCAAACGUCACUUCAGGAUCUCAGAGUCAUUUGAUUCUUGGAACCUGAAUAUUAUCAGCAUUUGAAUCUAGAAUGAGAGAUGUUUCUCUGUCCUACCUGCUUGUGGAGAUUUUAAACAUCUGUCUGACCAAGGUAGCACCAAGACGCCCACACCUGAGUGAGAGUGUUCUAGUGCAUUGACUGUGGAAAGAGCUUUCACCAGUUACACAGUCACAUUGGACCAUUCACAGUGGAGACAGCAUACUUAUGUCCUGUGUGUGGAGGAAGCUUCAACUGAUUGUCGAACCUUGAAAGACAAAAGGACACCCGCACCAUGGAGAAACCGUGGAAAUGUGGGGACUGUGGGAAGGGAUUCAGAUCCCCAUCUGAAUUGGAAACUCAUCGACGCAGUCACACUGGGGAGAGGCCAUUCACCUGCACUGUGUGUGGGAAAGGAUUCACUCAUUCAUCCAACCUGCAGACACACCAGCAAGUUCACAUUGGGAAGAGGCCAUUCACCUGCUCCGACUGUGGUAAGGGAUUCAAUCAGUUAUCUCACCUGCUGACACACCAGCGAGUUCACACCAGGGAAAGGCCUUUCACCUGCUCUGAGUGUGGGAAGAGAUUCAGUGAUUCAUCCAACCUACGAACACACCAGCGAGUUCACACCGGGGAGAGACCAUUUAUCUGCGCUGAGUGUGGGAAGGCAUUCACUCAUCUAUUCACGUUGCUGACUCAUCAGCGAGUUCACACUGGGGAAAAGCCAUUCACCUGCUCUGAAUGUGGGAAGGGAUUCAGUCAAAUAUCCAACCUGCGGACACACCAGCGAGUUCACACUGGGGAGAGACUGUUCACCUGUUCUGGGCAUGGGAGCAGAUUCACUGUUUAAUCUGCCCUGCUGAGGCAGCAGAGAGUUCAAACUGAGGAGAGACCGUUCACCUGCUCCGUGUGUGGGAGAUUCACUCAGUCAUCAAAUCUGUUGAGACACAGAGAGUUCACAAGUGAUUUUCGGGGUUGGAUUCCGCUGUUAUUGAUGCUGUUAAUCACAUCCAGUUCUGAACCAUGUUCAUCCUGACACUUGGUGAAGUGGGAGGAUUGGAUGGUUUCUUUCUGCUGCACUGGCCAGUCU